AUGGAAUCAACUGGAAACAGAUUCGGAAUCACAUCCGUUAAAGGCCACAAAAUUAUAACUAAAUGUGCAGGAAUGGGUGGUAACUCAUCAAGUAUCGCAGCUAAAAAGGCUCAAGCUGUGCCCAAGAAACCAAAGGCUGGCAUUUUUGCUGCAUAAGCAGUAAUUCCAACUACUAUCUUCAAGAAAUGCUAUGACAGAGGAGAUUUACCUAUUGUUGUAGACUUCAUUGGUGCUUAAAGAAAGAUAGCCUGGAAAGUAGAAGUUGAUUUGCUAGAUUAUCAUCACUACCUGCCUAUAUUUUUCCAUGGACUAAGAGAAUCGAAUGAUCCAUAUAAAUUCUUAGCUGAUUAAGGUCUGAAUGCCCUAAUUUAGUUAGGCAGAGAGAAGAUUUUACCAGUGCUACCUUAGUUGAUUAUACCUAUUAAAGAGGCAUUAGGUACUAAAAAUCAUGAGAUUGUUGUGAAAACAUUAAAGAAGCUAUAGGCUUUGGUAAAAGUUUCAGAUGCUGUAGCAGAAAGUUUGGUUCCCUAUUAUAGACAGAUAUUGCCAGUUAUGAAUUUACUUAAGCAUAGAGAUAUCAAUAUUGGGGAUAAAAUAGACUAUGGAUAAAAGAAAUGCGACAAUGUUGGAGAGUUAAUAUAGGAAACAUUGGAGUUAUUUGAGAGACAUGGAGGUGAAGAUGCCUACAUUAACAUUAAAUAUAUGAUACCCACUUAUGAAAGUUGCAUGUUCUGA